CUCGCCACAUCAAUUUCUUUUGUUGUGAUCUGAUUUCUCACUUUUAUUGUGAUCUGAGUUGGGAGUUGGGAGUUCUGAUUCGAUUAAACAAUCUUACUCAUUCACUCUUACAGAAGAGAGAGAGAGAGAGUGAGAGUGAGAGAGAAGAUGCACCUGAGCGAGAACGAAGGCAUAGAGGGCAACACUUUUGUGGUCAGCGGUGGGUUGGGCUUCGUAGGCUCCGCACUCUGCUUGGAGCUGCUCCGGAGAGGUGCUCACCAAGUCCGAGCCUUUGAUCUCCGCACAGCUUCUCCUUGGUCCGAUCGCCUCCGCCAGCACGGCGUCCACUGCGUCCAAGGGGAUGUAACCCAGAAAAAGGAUGUGGAAAAAGCUCUGCGGGGAGCAGACUGUGUGUUCCACCUUGCUUCGUAUGGCAUGUCAGGAAAAGAAAUGCUGCAGUUCGGUCGUGUCGAUGAGGUCAACAUAAAUGGAACCUGCCAUAUCUUGGACGCGUGUCUCGAGUUCGGGAUUCAAAGGCUUGUUUAUGUGAGCACAUAUAAUGUUGUGUUUGGGGGACGGGAGAUUGUCAAUGGGAACGAGGCCUUGCGCUAUUUCCCUAUGGACAACCAUGUCGAUCCAUAUGGCCGGAGUAAAUCAAUUGCCGAGCAGUUGGUCUUAAAGUACAAUGCUCGUCCUUUUAGGAAGAAGACUGGGAAGUGUCUUUAUACCUGUGCAGUUCGUCCAGCUGCUAUCUAUGGACCAGGUGAAGAAAGGCACUUUCCAAGGAUAGUGUCUCUGGCAAAGUUAGGCCUGAUUCUGUUCAAAAUUGGCGAACCAAAUGUGAAAACAGACUGGAUUUAUGUGGAUAAUCUAGUACUUGCGCUGAUAAUGGCAAGCAUGGGACUUUUGGAUGACAUUCCUGGGAAAAAUAAAGAAGGGCAUCCCAUAGCUGCUGGCCAGCCCUAUUUUGUGUCUGACGGGUCUCCAGUCAACAGCUUUGAGUUCAUCCGACCUUUGCUGAGAAGCUUGAAAUAUGACCUACCUAAUGCUUCUUUGUCUGUACCUCGUGCGCUUCUUUUGGGAAGGGUUUUCUGGGCAGUCUAUACUCUAUUAUAUCCAUGGUUGAAUCGAUGGUGGCUUCCGCAGCCUUUCAUCCUUCCUGCUGAAGUUUACAAGGUUGGCGUUACACAUUACUUCUCUUUCCUUAAGGCUAAGGAGGAACUUGGAUAUGUCCCAAUGGUGACUCCUCGAGAGGGCAUGGCUGCUACAAUCUCGUACUGGCAAGAGAGGAAACGGAAAACUCUGGAUGGCCCAACAAUUUACACAUGGCUAUUUUGUGUGAUCGGAAUGGCCACGCUGUUUUGUGCUGCUUAUUUGCCAGACAUUGGGCCAGUGCCACUCUUCAGAGCUAUUAGCCUCUUCGUCUUCCGGUCAAUGCGAGUAUUAAGGAUUGCAUUCCUUGUAGCUGCAGCACUACACAUCGUAGAGGGUGUGUACGCGUGGCACCUGGCCAAAAGGGUGGACCCAGCUAACUCAAGAGGAUGGUUUUGGCAGACAUUUGCGCUUGGGUUUUUCUCCUUACGUUUUCUGUUGAAGAGAGCCCGGAAGGCAGGAGCUCCUUAAUCAGCAGCAUGCCUGCAGUGUAGUACAAUUGUAUGACGGUGGUUUUAUGUAUGUGUUGUGUAAAAGAACAUGGCCUCCAUGACUUGAGAGGUAGAAAAACAGCUAUGUUUCCGAAGAAAGUUGAAGCAAUACUAUUCUCUUCGUUUCCAAGUUUCCGAAGCCGGAAACAAAUGCAAA